AUGGGUUUUUUGAAAGUACAGGGAACUAAGAUCGUCGACGACAAGGGCACCCCAGUGGUGUUGAAGGGAUGCGCCACCGGUGGCCAUCUCAACAUGGAGAACUUCAUCACCGGAUAUCCGGGCCAUGAGACCGAGCAUAAGAAGGUUAUGGAGUCCAAGAUGGGAAAAGAGAAGUUUGACUACUUCUUUGACAAGUUCUACGACUACUUCUGGACGGAGAAGGACGCCAAGUUCUUUAAGGAUGAGCUCAAAUUGAACUGCUUGCGUAUUCCUUUCAACUACAGACACUUCAUCGACGAUGAUGGAGAUAUGUUUAAGAUCAAGCAGAGUGGUUUCGACCGUUUGGACCGUGUGGUUGACACAUGUGCUGCUGAAGGAAUUUACACUAUCUUGGACUUGCAUGCCACUCCAGGUGGACAGAACCAGGACUGGCACUCGGACUCUGGAGUCCACAAGUCGCUUUUCUGGGACUUUAAGGUUUUCCAAGAUGUUAUUGUCAACUUGUGGGUCAAGCUCGGUGAGCACUACAAGGACAACGAAUGGGUGGCAGGAUACAACCCAUUGAACGAACCAGCUGUCGCUGACCACUCCAAGUUGGUCAAUUUCUAUGACAGAGUCGAGAAGGCUAUUCGUGAGGUUGACCCUAACCACAUCUUGUUCUUGGACGGAAACACCUACGCCAUGGACUUCCGCCAGUUCCCAGACACCGUCUUGCCAAAUAGUGUGUACUCGAUCCACGACUACACCAUUUUCGGCUUCCCAAUGUCCGAGGAAGUGUACAAGGGCACUGAAGAGCAGAAGAGCAAGUUGAAACAACAAUAUGAGAGAAAGAUUGAGUUCAUGAAGAAGACCAAGGUUCCAGUGUGGAACGGAGAGUUUGGCCCAGUGUAUGCCUCGGACUUCAGAGGAGAUGCCAACCCAGCAGAGACCAACAAGGUCAGAUACCUGGUGUUGAAGGACCAAUUGGAAAUCUACAAGACUGGAGACCCCAGUGGAGACAAUGCACCAAUCUCGUGGUCUAUUUGGCUUUAUAAGGACAUUGGAUUCCAAGGCUUGACAUAUGUCAACCCAAAGUCCAAGUUCUAUGAGGUUUUCGGCGAAUGGUUGUUGAAGAAGAAGCGCUUGGGUUUGGACAGAUGGGGAAAUGACAUCGACCCCAAGUUUGGAGAGUUGUACAAGGCUUUGGAAGAUCAUUUUGCAUCCAAUGUCCCCCAGGACUUCCACAAGGCGUUGUAUCCUCACCUCUGGACCAUGAAAGACUACAUCAGCAGAGUGUUGAGAGACAUGUUGUUCUCGCAAUAUGCCCAGCACGAGUAUGCAGAGCUUUUCGUUCCAUUGUCUUUUGAGGAGUUGGACGAGGUGGCCGCUUGCUUCAAGAUCGAGAACUGUGUCCAGAGAGAGGAGCUUAACACCAUUUUGAGGGAAUAUUAG